CGACCCGGUUAAACACACCAUCCUCGUGGCGGAACACCACUCCCUGCGCCCCCCAUUGGUGUUCCUUCUUCUAUUGCAAUAUCCCUUUGUAUCAUCUCUCCACGACCUCUGUUCCUUUCUUUGACCGAGUCUUCCUUCGUCGCAUCAUUGCGCUGCCAUCUCCGAAUCUCCCAGCCACCUCUCCGGGGAGAGCGCCAUACAUAGCCCAAACCGCCUCGUACGGUCGCCGUCUACUGCCGGCAUCAUGUCAUACCCAUCUCUACCGACUCUCACCCCUCAGAGGCCACUUCCUGGCGCAUACUACCAAACACCAGCACCCAAUGCUGGCGCGACGGCGUCGGCAUCGAGCCCCCAACAAGCCGCAGCCCCAAACGAUCCGCCGUCCCCCAUUCAGCUUCCCAACUUCACUGCGGUCCAAACAAAGCCCAAACAGAGCUUAGUGAGCACGGAGCAGCGUGCUGCGCGGACUAUUAAUGAAACUCUUGCCCAAGAAUCUCGUUACCCAGACUUGGACAACUCUCUGUCUCAAGGAUUCUCGUCCGAUUAUGAUCUCCCCACAUCCUCACCAUGGGCUCCUUUUCAGAAGGUGAAGAUGUACAACAUCCCCGACCAGAUCUUCGACCAAUACAACAGAGCACAAGUAUCGACGAACAUGGGACUAUUUGCCGAGUUGAAUCACGCCUGGGUCGCAAUCGACAAUGCUCUUUAUAUCUGGGACUACACCCACCCCAACCCGCAGUUAGUUGGAUUCGAGGAUCAACCAAACAGUAUUAUCACCGUCAAGCUAGCGAAGCCUCGCCCGAAAGUGUUUCUGCCUAGUAUCACGCACUUGCUCGUAAUAUCUACCACGGCCGAUGUUAUCCUGCUGGGAAUGGGCUGCGAGACCACCCCUGGAGGUGCACGACAAGUAACGCUGUAUCAGACUGGCAUGUCGGUCUCAAUUCGAGGUCUGGAGAUUGACCAAGUCGCCUCAUCCGAUUCGACUGGACGCAUUUUUUUCGGCGGUAUCUCCGACAAUGAUGUCUACGAGCUCGUCUAUCAGCAAGAGGAGAAGUGGUUCAAGGGUCGCUGCUCAAAGGUCAAUCAUACUAGCUCUCGUCUCGCCGCCUUGGCUCCCUCGCUGAGCUUUACCCAACAAAAUGAACAUGUCGCGCAAAUGGAGAUUGACGACACGAGGAAGCUGCUCUACACCCUCUCGUCGCUGUCCACGAUCAGGGUCUUUCAUAUGAAGCCCGACGGAAGUCUAGCUCUUGCGAUCACAAAAAAGGGGCAAGACAUAUACGCCAAUAUCGGACAUAUUAUCGCGUCCAACGAAACCCUCAACCCCAGAGUUCCCAUUGUUUCUAUCAGUCCCAUUCUUGCAGCGGAAGCGUCCCGGUACCAUCUGAUGGCCACUACUGCGACAGGCUAUCGGAUCUACCUCAGUGCUACUGGUCCCUACAGCUGGGCCUCAGCACCAAAUGGCGCAAGUGCUCCCACAAGCAUGCAAGCUCAUCAUGUGAAAACACCUCCCUUGGACACCGCUCCCUCGGCUCAACAGGCAGCCUCGCAAGGUCUUCAAGGACAGGCACGCUAUCACCCUACAGUGGCAGCGAGAAUCCCUGUUCACACUCUUCAGCCCACUCGGUUUGCCGUACGGUAUCCGCCCGGCCACUUUUUCUGCUUCACCUCCAAGGACUCGGCCGCAUCGGACUCUCUCUUCAUUUCCGCCCCUGACUCCGGACGAGUCGCUCGCGCUCAAGAGACUGUCAGUCCCAAGGCUGGUGAGACAGCAGUAUGGGUAUCAUUGGGUAGCAGAGCGGAAGAUGUCGGGGUCUGUUCCCCACCCACCGAGGCCGCCAUGGCUUUCAGUGGGUUCGGCAAUGAACUGGCUAUUCAGUAUGACGAGCCUGUGGCCGAAAUUGCCAUUCUUACCAAUAAUGGUAUUCACAUUAUUCGCAGACGGCGUCUCGUCGAUGUGUUCGCCGCGUUGGUUCGAAUCGGUGGAGAGGGCGAUGAAGGAUUGGAGGGUAUGGUCAAAAAUUUCAUCCGCAUAUAUGGCCGGAGCGAGACCGUUGCUACGGCUCUGGCGGUCGCUUGCGGUCAAGGAGUGGAGGUGUCUAGUGAUUCUAGACUCACCCAAAUAAAUGAUCCACAUGUUUUGGAGUUUGCACGCAAGGUCUUGAUUGACCACGGGGGCAAGCCUAUGAUGAACGAAAAUGUCGUGGCCGACAGUACCACACCUGCCAUCGACACCGUCCUUCCCUCGCCGCGGCAUGCGGGCAUCGCGCUCUACAUCUCGAGAUUACUACGCUCUAUCUGGAAGAAAGAGAUUGCCAAGUUCGAAAAGUCCGAGACGCCGCCCAUCGGCACGGAGACCAUCGUUUCAUCAGUGCCUUCUGCCAAGCUGAAAGCUAUUCAGCGUGAUCUGACUGCUCUGCAAGAGUUCUUCAAGACUAAUAAGAACUUUAUUGAAGGGCUGAGCGGCCCGGAGGCUCUGACUCGGGUCUCGACGAAACAGGAAGAGACUGCCCUGCAAGCUGAACAUCGCGCACUGCAUUCGCUUGUUCAACUUGUAUCUCACACCAUCGAAGGCAUUUCCUUUGUUUCGGUUCUAUUUGAUGAACGCGUGGAUGAAAUUGUGGCCACCUUGCCAGCGGAGUCGAAGGAGCGCUUCAUGAAACUCACGUAUGAGCAGCUGUUCAGCACCACUAAGGGCCACGAUAUUGCCAAGGAGCUGGUGAAGGGCAUCGUGAAUCGGAACAUUGCAAAGGGAUCUAAUGUCGAAACGGUAGCCGAUGCUCUAAGGCGGCGAUGCGGCAGCUUCUGUAGUGCGGAGGAUGUCGUGAUCUUCAAGGCCCAGGAGAUGUUGAAACGAGCCACUGAAGUAGGCUCCAAUUCGGAGCUUGGACGCAAUUUGCUGAAUGAGAGCCUUCACUUGUUUCAGCAGGUAUCCGACAAUCUGCCAAUGGACUACCUGGUCUCUGCAGUCGAAAGCUACAUCAAGAAUGAGUUCUUCGCAGGCGCAAUUCAACUGGCUUUGAAUGUGGCCGCUCGCUCAGACAAGGCCAAUCUGGCACUUGCAUGGAUUGUGGAUGGUCGCCCUGCUAGUGAUACUCGCAUUGAGUACUUCCAGUAUCGAAAGCAAUGCUAUGAUCUCAUAUUCAGGGUCAUCAUUGCGGUCGACAGGCAUACCGCUAAGGAUAUCGGUAUUGUUGAUGGACAGUUGACAGUAAUGGCCAAACGCAGGAAUGAAGCAUAUGGAGUGGUUUCCGACUCUCGAGAUGAGGUGUUUUUGACUACCCUAUAUGAUUGGUACCUCGAACAGGGUUGGAGUGAGCGACUGCUCCAGAGUGACUCCCCCUUCGUAGUCACCUACCUUGAGCGCAAAGCCGAUGAUGACAUUGAACACGCCGAUCUUCUCUGGCGUUAUUUUGCGCAGUCCGAACGAUUUUUCGAAGCAGCCAAGGUUCAACUCCAGCUUGCGCAGAGCAGCUUCAACAUUCCCUUGAGCCGCAGGAUCGAGUACCUAGGAUGGGCUCGGGCCAACGCAUCAAUAUUCACCCCGGAUGUUAGCCGACAGGCUCGUCAAAGACUGGUCCAGGAAACCUCUAAUCUGAUUGAUGUUGCCGAUAUUCAAGACGAUAUCUUGCAACGCCUGAAAGACGAUCCCCGGGUUGCGCCGGAAGCCAAAGGCCAGGUCUUGAAGGAAGUGGACGGGGCUAUCAGGGACAUCAGUUAUCUCUUUAACAAUAUCGCCGAUCCCGGAAGCUACUACGAUAUCUGCCUCCAGAUCUUCUUCCACGCCGACCACCGCAACGCGGCUGACAUCAAGUCCACAUGGCAACAUCUGCUGCAAGACCUUCACAACCGGGUCUUGGAGCAGGGCGAGUCCCAGCCCUACGAAGCGGUGAUCGACAAGGUGCGUAGUCUGGGCGGCCGACUUCGUAUGUCAGACUCCAUCAUGCCCAUUCCGAUCAUCCUGCCCAUGCUCGAGCGCUACGCCCUGGAGCACCAGCGUGACGUUGGCCCCCCGACGUGGAUCGUCGACCUCCUCCUCGACCUGAACGUCGCACACGAGACCAUCUUCACCGUCCUCGAGGGCAUGUACUACACAGACGAAGCGCCCUUCCAGGGCAACAACCGGAGAUACAUCGCCAAGGACCUCCUCUACCUCAUCCAGCAUUGGUACCACGAGACCGUCCGCCCCGGCGGCCGUGUCUUUGGAAGCGACACCGCCGCUAACCGCGUCCUUGAGACCCUCCUCCUCAUCCAACAAGGCGGCGGCAUCCCGCCGGAUCAGUUGCGCGUAGCCAACGAGCUCCGGACCAAGGUCCAGGAUAUAUUACGGUAA